GUGGCGGGCAAGCUCAUGGGCAUGGCCUUCCGCGUGCCCACCAUCGACGUGUCGAAGGCGACGACCUACGAGGAGAUCUGCGCCGAGAUCAAGAGGCGCUCCGAGGGCGACAUGAAGGGAUACUUGGGUUACUGCGACGAGGCUCUCGUGUCCACCGACUUCGAGACGUGCCCCAUCUCCAGCACCUUCGAUUCCAAGGCGGGCAUCAUGCUGGACCCCACGGUCGUGAAGCUAGUGGCCUGGUACGACAACGAGUGGGGCUAUUCGUGCCGUGUCGUUGACCUGAUCAAGCACAUGGCCAAGGUCGACGGGGCGUAGGAUGUAGGAUGGUGCCCGUCGCAUCCUCACUGUGCAUUAGCUGUCCCAUCUUUUUUCUCCUAUACGGGCCUACGCAGAUCGCAGGGCGCAUCCACCGCAUGCUCAGCUUGGCCUCAGCAGGCCUUGGAGGAUGGAGACCUGCCCCCUCUUGAGGAGAUCGUGGGCACCGCCAACGAGGCAUCGAAGAUGGCGAAACGUCGACUGAGAUGCUGUCUCACUUCCUUUCUGACGCACCCUCUGAGCCACGGCCAUAUUUGCAUCUUUUUUACGUUAAGUGACUCGGGCACCCGCUCGCCUGCGUGUAAUGGAGCUUUGAAUUACUUGCGACUCGGAUCGGCCACCGCCAGUCUUUCGUAAGCACCCGCUCGCAUGCAAGCUAGAUACACGGUCUCUGGCUGUGCGUCGAAGCACCCCGAGUGCACUCGCCCCACGCGGGUUUAUCGGGACAUGACUCUGUUAUGCUCUCUGCGACGGACCACCAGCUGCAUACUUGGUCCUGAUGUAGAGG